AAUCAUGACCAUCAUCCCCAAAUGGACAAUCCUUGGAAGUAUCUAAUUCUCAGGUCAUCAUUGCCAAUAUAUAUAGAUAUAUAUAUAACCAAUCAUGAGUGAUGUGUCUUUAAUGAUUUCCUUAUGACAAAACCAGACACUAAAAAAGUUAAGCUGUUCAUACGGUUCACACCAAUCUAAACCCAUACGUUUAGGUUCUUGCCUUAAUAUCAAGGAAUUGAGAGGCUUCCAAGGACGGCUGACACCCUCUGCCGGUUCUUGCCUUUUUGCUAGCAUAUAAAGCAGGGAAAGCUUUCUUUGUUAAAAUGAAAAUGGGUAUCACAAUUAACAUAUUCUUAACUAUAUUCUCACUUGGAUUUCUCUUUCCGGUGAUUCAUUGCUGGGGAACUGAUGGGCACUUCAUAACUUGCAAAAUCGCUCAGUCUCGGUUAAGUGAAGCUGCAGCUGAUGCUGUGAAGGAAUUGCUGCCGGAAUAUGCAAAUAACGACUUAGGGAGCAUUUGCUCCUGGGCAGACCAUGUCAAAUUUCGCUAUCACUGGUCAUCUGCACUUCAUUACAUUGAUACUCCAGAUUCUCUAUGCAAUUACCAAUACCAUAGGGAUUGCAUGGAUGAAAAUGGAGAAAAAGGAAGAUGUGUUGCAGGAGCAAUUAACAAUUACACUUCCCAACUUCUUACUUACAACAGUGCUUCCUCUCAGGCUGAAUAUAAUCUAACAGAAGCACUUCUUUUCCUUUCUCAUUUUGUUGGAGACAUCCAUCAGCCUCUGCAUGUGGGUUUUACUUCAGACAGGGGAGGCAACACAAUUGAUGUCCAUUGGUACACUAGGAAACAAGUGCUUCACCAUGUUUGGGAUGCCAAUAUAAUUGAAACAGCUGAGGAAAGGUUCUACAACUCAAAUGUUGAUGACAUGAUUGACGCAAUUCAACAGAAUAUCACGACAGAAUGGGUAAAUCUAGUGCCGAGAUGGGAGACCUGCAGUGGUAACAAGACAACUUGCCCAGAUAUAUAUGCAUCUGAAGGUAUCAAAGCAGCAUGUGAUUGGGCUUAUAAAGGUGCAAAUGAAGGAUCAGUAUUAGAAGAUGAUUAUUUCUUAUCAAGAAAACCAAUAGUGACUUUGCGGUUAGCUCAAGCUGGAGUCCGAUUAGCAGCUACUCUCAAUCGAAUUUUUCAGUGACUCUGUUUUUACUUCUGGUUUCAUAUCAGAGGCCAAGUAUGCCUGAAGCUACUUAAAACACAUUGUUUACUUCGAUUGUUGGUAUAUUAGCAAUCUAUCCUACUUUUUAAGGCA